AUGAAAUUCAGGCGAGUGUUCUGGUUGAAUUCGGUCAUCAUAUUGAUUUAUGGGGCACGAUGGACUAAUAUUUUGUUGGUGAUUAGCAAUUCGCUCAAGUUUAAUGCGGUCGCGGAAUGGUGGGACGAGUAUAUAGCAUAUGCGGCGCUUAAGAAGGUGAUAUACGAUUUGGAAAGAGAGCAAACAUACGAUUUGGGUGGACUGGACCAUGAACGUUCAUCCCUGUUGGGGAAUGGUCAACGAACUGAGGCUGUCCAGAAAUUCGUUCCCCUCCUUGACCGCGAGUUAGAAAAGAUCGUCACAUUUUACAUUUCACAGGAAGAAGAACUUCGAUCGGAAUUGGAGAAUCUUACAACUGGUAUUGAGGCUGCUGAGGAUAGGGGCGUUGUGCAGGAUGAACGAGACGAGGAGGAUGAUGGCGACUCGGAUGAGACAUCGAUUUGGGGGACGAGUUCCACAAGAAGGAAAAGAUCUGUCUCCACCAAUGCCCGCCCUCCUCGGCAGACUAUCUCGCUCGGCAAGCUACGGCCCCACGCAGGUGCUCCACGAGCCGCCCGGCCUCAAAGCGAAAGAGAAAGGAGACGUUCAGGAAGCUUAACCACAGCUCUCACAGCACCUCUGGCGAAUCUAUUCGCACACAAAGAGCCUGACACUAUUUGGACGGCAAAAACUACGGCAGCGUGGGACGUACGGAUGCUUUUCAAAAGGAGAAUUACUACUCUUUAUAUCAGCGCCACCUCACUAAAGUCAUAUGUGGAACUCAACUACUCAGGAUUUAGGAAAAUCCUUAAAAAGUUUGACAAGAUCACUGAUAAUUCUCUCAAAGAAAUGUACAUGCGUGAACGCGUGGAUAAAGACUACCCUUUUGAGCCUGCGACCAAGUCACACUUGGACGAAUUCAUCAGCGAAUUGGUCAAUCACUACGCCAGAUGCGUAACUAGGGGGAACCAGACCGCUGCCCUGAAACAGCUCAAGCUCUAUCAGCGUGAACAAAUCGUAUGGGAACGAGAUACUGUGUGGAGGCAGAUGAUCGGCAAGGAACGCAGGGGAGAGAACGAUGGUCAAGUAAAGAGCUUGCUUUCGGCCAGUGUCCAGCACGAGGCCGCUCCACCACUCUUAGCCAUUCCUACCCCAUUGGGCGUCUUCAAAGUCACGGGAAGGCGGAUAUGGCUAGCGAUAGCCCUCACUGCUUUCAUUGCCUUGCUCAACACUCGUGUACUUGAUGGGCGCGAAGCCAAUCGGUGCUUCGCCGUUCUCAUUUUUGCAACAAUUCUAUGGGCAUCGGAGGCUAUUCCCCUAUUCGUCACUUCUACAUCCGUUCCGUUUAUGGUCGUUGUUUUGCGCAUCAUACGGGACGAAAAUGGAUGGAUAUUUUCUGUUAUGUUUUCUCCCACCAUCAUGCUUCUUCUCGGCGGAUUUACCCUGUCGAGUGCCCUUAGUAAAACCAAUAUCGACCGCAUAUUGAUUACCCGAGUUCUGAGUUUAGCUGGGACUCGGCCUAGUACCGUCAUAUUGGCUUUCAUGGGUGUGGCCUGUUUCGCCAGCAUGUGGAUUAGUAAUGUGGCUGCCCCUGCAUUGUGCUUCGCGCUGAUUCGGCCAAUUCUUUCCUCUCUUCCCCCCAAAUCAACGUUUGCACCAUGCCUUAUUAUGUCCAUUGCACUUGCUGCUAACAUUGGAGGCCAGAGCUCCCCUAUUUCGUCCCCUCAGAACAUCAUUGCCCUGAAUGAAAUGGUCCCGCCUAUCGACUGGUUGCAGUGGUUUGCAGUUGCGCUACCAGUCUCCGGGUUAUCCAUUGUACUAAUCUGGCUCUUGCUCCUUUCGAUCUAUCGUCCGAGUACAACGGCGGAUGGCAAGAAACUACAGGUUAAGCCAAUACGUCCUACACGCGACAAAUUCACUCCUCAACAAUACUGGGUGACAUUUGUAUGUCUAGUAACUAUAGCACUUUGGUGUGUCGCACACGAGAUCGAAGUGUUUUUUGGCGACAUGGGGACCAUUGCCAUCAUUCCAAUUGUCGCGUUCUUUGGUUCUGGUGUGUUAAAGAAGGCUGAUUUUGAUCAAUUUCUCUGGAGCAUUGUCUUCUUGGCGAUGGGCGGUAUUGCUCUGGGCAAAGCCGUUGUCUCGAGUGGUUUACUUCAGCAAAUGGAUGUUGUCAUUAGGGGCUUGGUUUUGGGGUUGCCGCUCUAUUCGGUCGUGUUAGCGCUUUCUUGUGUUGUCAUGAUAGUGUCGACCUUCAUCAGUCACACGAUUGCCAGCGUUUUACUGGUUCCGAUUGCUCGUGAAGUUGGUUCUAACCUCCCAGUACCACAUCCGAGACUGCUGAUAUUUAUCACUGGUCUGGUGUGUUCAACGGGGAUGGGAAUGCCCGUUUCAGGCUUCCCUAACCAAACAGCUGCGACACAAGAGGACGAUAUGGGCGAGCUAUAUCUUAGCAACAUUGACUUUCUAAAGUGCGGUGUGCCCGCUAGCAUCAUCGCCGCUCUCGUGGUCUCGACAGUUGGCUAUUUACUGAUGAGAGCUAUAGGGUGCGUGUGGUGUCUAUUCCCUGCCGUCUUACAAUGA